CAGAGACUGUGGACACAGUACAGGAGAUGACCAGAGACUGAGGACAUAGUACAGGAGAUGACCAAAGACUGCGGACAGUACAGGAGAUGACCAGAGACUGCGGACACAGUACAGGAGAUGACCAGAGACUGCGGACAGCACAGGAGAUGACCAGAGACUGCGGACAUAAUACAGGAGAUGACCAGAGACUGCGGACAGUACAGGGGAUGACCAGAGACUGCGGACAGUAGUACAGGAGAUGACCAGAGACUGCGGACAGUACAGGGGAUGACCAGAGACUGCGGACAGUAGUACAGGAGAUGACCAGAGACUGCGGACAGUACAGGGGAUGACCAGAGACUGCGGACAGUAUAG